AAAAGACACAAAAGUGACUAAGCUAUUAGGAAGUACUUAAUUAACAUACUUAAGAACACUUGAGUAAGCAUAAAAAUAAAACGUAUGUUAAUGCUUUGCUCUUCAAGGUUGAGGACAAUAAACAUAAAAACAAGAAGCAUUUGUAAUAAAUGGAUGAUAUAAUGAUCAUGCAAGCCAAUUUCGUAUAUGAGAAAAAAACUCCAGUUAUAUAUCAUGUAUUAGCAUCUGACGUCCAAAGACAACUAUAUUAUAAAUUUUUAACCACGAUGCAAUAUUUUAUACUUUGUUAGAAAUUAUUUUGAUCACCAACCAAUUCUGAGAAAAUAACAUUGUUAUACAAAUAAAAUUAUGACAUUAUCCAAACUAAUUAUAUAUAUAAUGAAAAUACAUCAACUUAGAUGGAGAGGAAAGAAAGAAAUCAAAAUAUCAAAUGUCAUAAUACCCUUAAAAGUUAUAAAUUUAACGGUGGUCUAAAGCAAAAAAAAAUUAAUAAAAAAAUAAAAUUUAAAACAACUGUUAAUUUAAAAUUUAUUUACCUAAACUUAAAUAAAUGAGGUAAUAAAUAUAUUCAGAUUAAACUAAGCUUAAAUCAUUUUAAUAUUUUUAUACAUCACGUGAUAUAUAAUUUACAAUAAUAAAAUAACAAAUUUUGAGUAGUACAAAUUUUAAAUUUGCUAGACCAAAAAUUAAUAAAAUAAAAAGUCUAAUUUUAUAUUCUUUUUAGUAAUUUAUAUUUUAAUAGUAAAUAUAAAUAUAUACAUAAUAUUGAAAUAAAAUAAAAUGAUAGAAUUAAAAGUAAAUAUAACAGAAAAAUCCCGGGCGUAGUCCGGGCCGACCCUAGUAUAUAUAUAUAUAUAUAACAACUAAACUAAAUUAUUGAUACUAGUUUAAGCCCAACACCUCAGAUACAGACAAUACUCCACUGGGCCUCGGCGCUGAUAUUCACCAAAGCCCAACACCUCAGAUACAGCCAAAACACAACGGCUCCCUGAAGCAGCAGAAACAGAGCAAAGAUGGUACGGUGGUGAAGACGCUCUCCCGAGAAAAAGCAGAUUUUGAUCCUCUCCAAGCUUUAGCCGAUGACUCACCAUGACAGCUAACGAUGUAGAUAAGACCCUCAAAGAUUCUCAAAUCACAGAUGGAUGGAGAAACCGCAGCAGCAGCGAAGAAGGCAGUGGCAACAGUGGCGAGUUCCACCGCAUCGCCGAGCCGCUACGAGGCACAGAAGAGACGAGACUGGGACACUUUCGUCAAGUAUCUAAAGAACCGCGAGCCACCUCUCUGCCAGUGUCGUUGCAGUGGCGCACACGUCAUUGAGUUCCUCAAGUACCUCGACCAGUUUGGUAAGACCAAAGUCCACGUCGCGGCUUGUCCCUUCUUCGGAGAACCGAACCCACCGGCUCAGUGCACUUGCCCUCUCAGGCAGGCUUGGGGAAGCCUCGACUCUCUCGUCGGCCGCCAAAGGGCUGCGUUCGAGGAUAUCGGCGGUGGUCUUCCAGAGUCAAACCCUUUCGCUGCUAAGGUCGUUAGUAUCUAUCUGAAGGAAGUACGUGAAGCUCAGGGUAAGGCUCGAGGGAUUCCCCACGGCAAGAAAAAAUGGAAACGGCCUCGUGUAGCCAAGGCGACUCUAAACGCCGAUGAUGGAGGAGGUGGCCGUGGAAGUGGUGUUGCUGCUUUGGUUGUUUCUGCAACUAUGGUUUAGUAUAAAUACCCGUUGCUAAAUCUAAUUAUAGUGUUCUUUGCUUUAUAAAUUUUAUAAUUUGCGUAUUCGUUUAUUUGAGUUGUGAAAUGCAAUUAUAAAUGGAAAAAGACGAUCGUAGAUUAUUAUAAUAUGGUUCAUAUUAUGUUUAGUUAUCGUGUAUA